AUCGAGUCAUGAAUCAUGAAGCGACCCAGGAAGUCGGUUGAAACCUUCCGGGGAAUGACAGCUUUUGGUUGUUGCCUACAGACAGGAAGGAAGGGGGAAAAAGGCGUGAAGUCUGCAUAGAUGCUACGAUAUAAAGUUUGGCUGCCAUAAGCUUUGAGGAUUUGGCGCUAACAGAUGAUUCCACAUGUCCAGCGGCGCUUGCCCAGGACAUCAGAUGAUUUAUUGAGUCAUCGGACCAGGUUAAUGAGAUGCAUUGCCUUCAAGACCACACACAAAGCUUUGAUCACCAGCCAAGGAGUUGAGUUGGUCGUUAACUGUCGUUAGACGGUCCGUUCGAUCAGGAUGUGUCCCGAAAUAGAAGCAACACGUCUUUGCUGACAAAGCAAAAUGUUUUUGAGCCCGAACCACGUAGUGCUCGGGCUGCCAUUAUGUCUUUUGCCGUAUAUCGUACUCAGAAUCUUCGCCGCGAGACUGCAGUCAUCGAAUAAGAAGCGGCGUACUGCGAUAUUGCAUGGACUAGGACGCCCAAACAGCCAAAUAGUCGGCUUUUUCCAUCCAUAUUGCAAUGCAGGUGGUGGAGGAGAGCGUGUCCUCUGGACGGCAAUCGCGUCUAUACAGCGAUUGGAACCAGAUAUUGUGAGCGUAGUAUACAGCGGUGACACGGACAGCACCAAAGAGCUUAUUCUCGACAAAGUCAAGUCCAGGUUCGCAAUAAUUUUGGACCCAUCUACUGUUCAUUUCGUUUUUCUUGCUUCUCGCAAGUUAGUGGAGGAUUCAUCUUGGCCCCGGUUCACUCUGUUGGGCCAGAGUAUCGGGUCUAUGUAUCUCGCUUGGGAGGCCAUGUCUCUCCUAAUCCCAGAUUUAUACAUUGAUACUAUGGGAUAUGCAUUUACGUUCCAUGUUGUUUCAUUGCUUGGAAGUAUUCCCGUUGGUGCUUACAUUCACUAUCCGACAAUAAGCACCGACAUGCUGGCUCGCGUCAAAACGCGAACCAGGGGCCACACCAACUCAGGUGCAAUAUCUUCGUCCUCUAUUUUAAGUCGAGGAAAGCUGUUAUAUUAUCGGGUGUUCAUGUAUUACUAUGCGCUAUCUCUGCAGGUUGCAUCGUUUAUCAUGGUCAAUUCUUCUUGGACGAAAAAUCAUGUAGAUGGUAUCUUGAAUCAUUCGGAUGCAUUGCUUGAUGCUGCGCACACGUUCUCACCCUUGUUAUUCGUCCGUUUGUUGCUGCCGUUUCGCUUUCGGGCGACAGAAGCCCGAAUUGUCUAUCCACCUUGCGACACACGCGAAAUGGCCCGGUUCACAUUACAGGGUCGACAGAAAAUUGUCCUCAGCGUUGCGCAAUUCCGACCCGAAAAAGAUCAUUCCACACAACUUCACGCCUUUCACGAGCUGUUGGAAACCCAUCCGGAUUAUAAGAGUGAUGGUGCGCUCCCGGUCAAACUUGUUCUCGUCGGUGGUAGUCGUAAUGCGGACGAUGCUGCCCGCGUUGACAAUCUUCGUGAACUAGCCAAGAGGUUGACGAUUGAGAACCAAGUCGAGUUCGUCGUGAAUGCGUCUUACCCCGUUAUGCUUGGUUGGUUAGCCAAGGCCAGCAUCGGUUUGAGUACUAUGGUUGAUGAACACUUUGGUAUCAACGUGGUGGAGUUCAUGGCUGCGGGUGUGAUCCCAAUUGCUCAUGCUUCUGGGGGACCUCUAAGAGACAUCAUUGUUCCGUUCAAUGGCUUACCAACUGGAUACCAUGCAGAGACGCCAACAGAUUUUGCAGAUGCAAUUCACACUGCAUUGACCCUUCCCGCCGAAGAAGAGUUCGCAUUACGACUGCGGGCCAGAACAUGGGCUGUACAACGGUUUUCAGAGGAAGAAUUUGAAAAGGAAUGGAAUGAAAGCGGGUGGAAGCAUCAUCUGUCACCGGCGCAGUGAGCCGUUGUCUAUCUGGUUCAUACCAUGGCCUAACGCGGAGAGGAUUUUGUGAGUACAUGAGGAAAAUGUCCGCAUUUGUCGGGGUUGUCCAAUUAUCAUUACGUUUCAAAAUCGAUCUUUUUAACAAUUUCUGUGCCGAUGCCAAUGAUCUCGUCAAGACUGGCAUAUCCGCUCAAGCC